GGCAGGACUGGAAACCUGAAUUUACAACAUCCUUGAUCUGUCUGAACUGCUGGAGUUUGCACUGGGCGCUGUCUGAGCCCCAGUGUCCCUCGCUGUAAAAGCCAGCGAGGGAGGAGGGCCUGGGGCCUCACAGAGCCUGGCCUUCUCUGGGAAGAGUACAUGGUUGCCCCCCACCCCCACCCCCAGACUGCCCAGGCCCCACUGACCAUGGAUGAGGAGGAGGAGGACAGCGACACUGAGGCGGCCUGGCUGCAGCUUCGGCCCGUGGAGCCCUCGCCCUCCCAGUGCUGUGGCGGUGGCUGCUCACCCUGUGUGUUUGACCUCUAUCACCGAGACCUGGCAAAGUGGGAGGCAGCCCGAGCCAGCAGGGACAGGAGCCUGCUGAAUGGAGAGAAGUCGCAGAGCCGCCCUUUCCAGCUGAACCCGGAGACCUUCGUGGGCUUCUGCAUCAGUGCCAUGGAGAAGGUCACUCGGGACACCUACCGCGUGCGGUUUGCACUCCCAGGGAACAGCCAGCUUGGCCUGUGGCCAGGGCAGCACCUCAUCCUGAGGGGAAGAGUAAAUGACUUAGAAAUUCAGAGAGCCUACACGCCCAUCAGCCCCGCCAAUGCUAAAGGAUACUUCGACGUUUUGAUUAAGUGCUAUCAGACCGGGCUUAUGUCCCAGUAUGUGGAGUCCUGGAGACCAGGAGACACAGCUUUCUGGCGAGGACCUUUCGGAGGCUUCUUCUAUAAACCAAACCAGCACGGCGAGCUCCUCAUGCUGGCUGCGGGCACGGGCCUGGCCCCCAUGGUGCCCAUCCUGCAGAGCAUCACGGACAACGAGGAGGACGAGACCUUCGUCACCCUGGUCUGCUGCUUCAAGACCUUCGAGGGCGUCUACCUGAAAACCUUCCUCCAGGAGCAGGCCCGCUUCUGGAACGUCCGCACCUUCUUUGUGCUCAGCCAGGAGAGCUCUGCGGAGCGGCUGCCCUGGAGUUACCAGGAGAAGACCCGCUUUGGCCGCCUGGGCCAGGUGCUGGUGGAAGAGCUGCUUGGCCGCUGUCGGAAGAAGCCCUUUGCGUUGGUCUGCGGCUCCGCCGAGUUCACCAAGGACAUGGCCAGGUGUUUGCGGGGCGCCGGCCUGGCCCAGGACUCCUACUUCCUCUUUUAGCCCUGGCCUCCCUUCCAGAGCCUGGGCACACAAAGGGAGCAGCACAGAGCAGCAUCGGGAGGCGUGCAGUGCAGGCCUGGUCUCCUGCUCACGUGUCAGGUGACCUUCGGUGGGGGCCCUUACCGCUGGGAACCUGCACUUUGAUCACCCCCUGAGGCUGGUUGGACCCUCCUGGCGUCCUCUGUGUUGAGAGAGGACGGGAGGCUGUAGGGGGACGGGGAGGCCUGCAGCCAGCCCAGGAGUCCGAGAGGACCCGGCAGGGAAGCCAGGUGCAGGCCGAGCCCGCUGAGGGGGAGGGGUUGUGCAGGAGAAGGGGCGGGAGGGGCUCCCACAGUGGCCUCAGCUCUCCCUCAGGUGAGGUGCCCCCUGCAUGUUUGGGAAUGAACACAGGAGAGGCCGCGAGCCCUGUGAGGAGGGCCCUGCCUUGCACACCUCCAGUGCCAUGAGCCCGACAUGCAGAAGGUUCUGGGUGCUGCGAUAGGGCCGCGUUCGCAGGGGACGGUGGGCCCUGGAUUACCCUUGCAUUGUUGGCCCCAGGCACUUUCAGUUUCCCUUCCCUGGCUCAGGAGCCCAGCACAGUGUCCUCUCUCCCAGCAAGAGAAGAGGCAUGGAAGGCAAAUGCCCCUCCCUGCUGCAGACAGCUGGCUCAGCCCGUGCCUUCAGCUCGGUGCCCUGGCGAUGGUUGCUAUGGAGAUCUAAAGAUAGAGCAGGAGUCAGGAGACCUGGGUUCCUCUCCUGGCUCUGCCCAGUGAGCGGCUGCCUGCAGAUUCCAGUCCACCCACUCCGCCCCCUGCAUCCUGCGUAGGGCACACCCGCCCAGGGAACCGGCGCCCCUGGGCAGUACGCCGCAGUUAAUGAAUUACGCUUUGCGCAGCCUGGGCUUCAGUGUGCUGCGGUGGCUCAGGCCGGUACAGGCAGGCCUGGAAUCGGAAAACGAAACCAUGUAAUCUUAGAGUUAGCAGUUUUACAUCAUCAACUCACAGCCCUCAUCAUCUCAAAGCUGAUGGUUCCAGACUCUGAAAAGCAUCCAGUCUAACACAUGGAUGUGUAAGUGGAGACACUGAAACCCAUGAGGCCACGUGCCUGGCCCGUGCUGGAGUGGCUGGCGGUAGUGCCAGUGCUGGAAGUCUUCUCGUUCCCGGGCCGUGCUCGUGGGUCUGCGCCCGUGGUGUUCGAGCCCCACACGGCACCAGUUCCUUGCCUGGCAGCAGCGAAGGCACAGGGCAAGGGAUGUGCAGGUCCCUUUCCACCAGAGCAGUUCUGCCUUUAUCCCCUGUGGUAUCCUGGGACUUGGAGUCAUUUCCAUUUGUGAAAAAAGGUUCCCCCCAGCCCCCAGCCCCACCCAAAAAGUUGCAACAGAAAUCUCAGCUGUGCUGUGCUUGGUGAGUAACCAUGACCCACGGCCGAGGACGGUGGCAGGGGCUGCAGACUGUUCCCCGGGCAGGAUCGCAUGGGGCUACUGUAUGCAACUUCUGCAGGAAUCACGUGUGUGAACCCCUGAGGGCUCCGCAAAGACUAGUGCUGAAGAAACUUUGCUCACUGUCUCACCCGGAGGCUCCCAAGCUCAUUGAAAACUAUCGAAGACUUCCUCUGGGUUCCAGAGCCCACACCCCGCCGGCAGUGCGUGCAGCUGGUGUGUUCUGUUUUGUGCAGCCUUGGCUGUGGGGUGCUGCGGUGGCUCAGGCUGGUGCUAGUGCAGUGUCCUGGUGCGAGAGGCUCUUACAGAGUCAGGGGUCCCCAGCAGGCAUCUACGUGGCCUAUGACCUGGGCAAGACCCUUUUCCUCAGAGCCUCUGAAAUCUGUGCCUCUUCUCCACACUCUCCCCUUCAUGCUACUUGCACAUCCAACGGGAAGGCCCAUUACAAGCUCGGCUGUGCCCCAGGCCCCACGAAAUGGAUAGCAAACACAGCAGGUACAGUGCUUCCUCUUGGGGAGCUCCUGGCCCAGCAGUACGGGGGGUACUUAAAGGCAUCCAGUCGCGCAUGCCGCAUAACAACGUUUGGUCACAGUGGUCCCGUGUGUUUCAAUUGCUAGGUGAUGUCUGUGAUCACAGCGAUGGCUCUGCCUGUCAUGCGUUUCCUGGAAUAUCCAACCCUAAUCCUAAAAGGCACCUGAGCUACAUAAAGGAGGGUUGGGGGUGCUGAGACUGCUCCGGCCUAGCCUUUGGCAGGGCCAGGGCCACACGCUAUCUCCGAAGCUCGAGGCCACAGGGUCUGGGGCAGUUCCUGUGGCUCUCUCUGCCCGUUAGGGAUAUUUGACAUUUCGAUAUCAGAUAAGGCCCCUGUAGUGGUCCUUAGAGGCCCCCCAUCCUACUGUCACCCUCCGCCUCCCCUGUGCCACGUAGGUCUGUGCACACUGGCUGCUACUGUCUCUCUUGCCGUGGGACCUGGGUAAGGACCCAGCCAUGCUCUUGUUACCAUGGUGCCAAAAAGGCUCCUGCCGUCUGGACCCAAGGCUGGCGGCUGGGUGCCAUGCCUCACGGGGCUGAGAUGUGGGAAGGCAGAUUGGGAGUGAGGGUCCCAUCCAUUGGCCCAUCCCUGCCAUCUCGCCUGAGGAUGGCCCUGCCGCACGUCACGGGGGUGAUGGCUUCUGUGUGAUACUGCCGUGGGGAAAAGGAGACUUGUGACACAGGCAUCAGGAAGUCUACAAGGGGUGUCCACAGUUCCCUGAGCUGGACAGGCCUCUGGUUCUGUGCACCAGUCCUAAGCUUCAGGAAGACCGCAGCCACAGGGUGCGGUGACUGCUUUCCUCAUUGUGUUGUAGCUGUGUGGCUUCAGCGUCCACCUCGCUGGUCUCCCAGCCCCCGCUCUGCGGCCCCUCCGCACCGACCAGACUGGUUGUCCUAACACGCAGAAAUGAGCCCGUCGCUGCUCUGCUCAGAGGCGCCCCUGGCUGCCCUCUGCCCUCAGGUGCGACAUCACAGCUCUGCCUCCCUCUCUGCUCCCACCUCUCCCGCUCUUCCAAGUGUGCUCCUCAUCUUCCGGGCCCUUAGCUCAGUGCCAUCUCCUCCAGGAAGCCUCUCCUGGCUCUGCCACUCCAGGCUGGAUCAGAGAGCAGAGAUUGCUGUGUGCUGUUCUGUUGCUGCCCCGACAGACUGGUUUGCGGGUCACAUGGCAGUUCCCCCCGGGGGCUGUCCAUUGCAUCCCUGGCGUGGGAGGGUGCGCACUACAUCCUGAAUGUUGAACACCUGAGCAAUAAACGUACGAUAUUCAUGAAGCGCUCUACAGGCGGCCACAGGCUUCUCAUGUGCAUUGCAGCGCAGGUCGUCACAGCGUGCGCACCACUUCCGACCCUGGUUUAGGAAGGAGUGUAAGUUUCAGAGAUGUGAAGUGGUUCUCCAAGGUUAUCUCGGGGUACACUGUCCCAACAGGUUGCCCAUUGUGAAGGUUGUGUGUGACACACAGGUGCCCUGGAGCUGUGUAUGAAGAUUUUUGUCACUGCACUUGCAGAGAGAGGUCUUCCAUCUGCUGGUUCACUCCCCAAAAGGCUGCAGCGGCCGAAGCUGGGCAGAUCUGAAGCCAGGAGCCAGGAGCUUCUUCUGGCUCUCCCACACAGGCGCAGGGGUCCAAGGACUUGGGCCAUCUUCCACUGCUUUCCCAGGCCAUAGCAGACAACUGGAUCGGAAGUGGAGCAGCCAGGCCUCAAACCAGCACCUGUAGGGGAUGCCAGCACUGCAGGCGGCGGCUUUACCUGCUACACCACAGCAGCAGCCCCACCACUGCACUGUUUGAAAUGGCAAAUGACGACUACGUCUGUGUCCAUCAGGAAGAGAACGGAGAAGCCAGGCAUUCCACGGUGAUGCAGUGGUGGAUUCCAGACAGCACUGGAAAUGAGUGAACUCCGCUCGGCCUGCAGCGCUCAGCAGACUGAGCCCUGGGGAUGCGGGAACCGAGGGGAAUGCACACUGUCAAAGGACGGGCUCAGGGAGCUGCCUGGACUUGCAAAGCACAAAAGCCCAAAAUGAUGCUGGAUCUCAGGAGACACCAACUGCACGGAUGAGGGGUUGUCAUGGCAUAGGAAUUUCAGCCACCAGCUGUGACCCCACAUCCCGUAUUGGAGUGCCGGUUUGAGUUCUGGAUCCAGCUCUCUGCCAAUGCACCUGGGAAGGCAGCAGAUGAUAGCCCAAAUACUUGGGUGCCUGCCACUCAUGUGGGCAACCCAGAUGGAGUUCCUGGCUCCCAGCUUUGGCCUAACCCAUCCCCGGCUGUUGCAGUCACGUGGGGGAGUGAGCCAGAGCGGGAAAGGUCUGCCUCUGCUUCCCCUUACCUCUUCCUGCCACUCCGCCUUUUAAAUAAUUCCUAAAGCAAAACGAACGAACAAAAAAGGACGGGGUGAUCUCUGGUGAUGGAUGGGAGCAAACGGAAUGUGGUGAAGCCACGUUUGGCCAAACUGUGUUUGUAUUUUGUUAUAAAAAUAUUUGAAAUGAACAUGGCAGCAAUCCGAACAUCUGGAAAAUCUGGGUGGUGGGUUCUCUGAUGUGUCUUCCAUGUUGUUUCCUGUUUUUUCUGUGUUUGAAAUCAUUGCCUAAUU